GGUCCUGCAUUUCUUCAGUAGCAGCUGCAUGAAGCAGAGCUUUCCAGCUUCUCUGUCAGACAAGGAAUUCUUCUUUUCCUUUGCUCUGGAGCAAAGUUUUCCAGCAUCAUCUUUAGGAUUUUUUUUAAAAAAUAACCUUUUUGGAUCCAUGCUAUGGAUAAUGCAGACUCUGUUACAUUUUCUAAUGGGCAGAAUCACCAAAGUUCUUGGAUACUUCUGAGGACUGCAUUGUACAUAAAUUAUCUCUGGAGAUGUGAAUAAAUGUGGACCUCAGGGAAAAUUUAUUAUUCCAUCAGCCAAUAAUGCGUGACAUUCGUGAAUUUAAUGGCAGACCUUGAAGUGUAUAAAAAUUUAAGCCCAGAGAAAGUUGAAAGAUGUAUGAGUGUAAUGCAAUCUGGGACUCAAAUGGUUAAACUGAAGAAUGGAGCCAAAGGUCUGGUUCGUCUUUUUUACCUUGAUGAGCACAGGACGUGUAUCAGAUGGAGGCCAUCUAGGAAGAGUGAAAAGGCAAAAAUCAUAAUUGAUUCCAUCUACAAAGUCACUGAAGGCCGACAAUCAGAAAUAUUCCAUCGGCAUGCUGAAGGUAACUUUGAUCCCAGUUGCUGCUUCACCAUUUACCAUGGAAACCACAUGGAGUCACUGGAUUUGAUAACUUCUAAUCCAGAGGAAGCUCGCACUUGGAUCACUGGACUGAAAUACCUGAUGGCUGGGAUAAGUGAUGAAGACUCUCUUGUGAAAAGGCAAAGAACACAUGAUCAUUGGGUGAAGCAGACUUUUGAGGAAGCAGACAAGAAUGGAGACGGCUUGCUAAAUAUUGAAGAAAUCCACCAGUUGAUGCACAAACUGAAUGUCAAUUUGCCCCGCAGAAAAGUGAGACAAAUGUUUCAGGAGGCUGACACAGAUGAGAACCAGGGGACCCUAACUUUUGAGGAGUUUUCUGUGUUUUACAAGAUGAUGUCAUUAAGGCGUGACCUCUACCUGCUGCUGUUGAGCUACAGUGAUAAAAAAGACCACCUCACUGUGGAGGAAUUUGCUCAGUUUCUGAAGGUAGAACAAAAGAUGAGUAAUGUGACGACAGAAUAUUGUUUGGACAUCAUGAGGAAAUUUGAAGUUUCAGAAGAAAACAAGAACCAAAAUGUUCUGGGCAUAGAAGGCUUUACAAACUUUAUGCGCAGUCCUGCCUGUGAUGUGUUCAAUGCGUUACACAGUGAGGUACACCAAGAUAUGGACCAGCCGCUCUGCAAUUAUUUCAUUGCCUCCUCUCACAAUACGUAUCUAACUGGAGACCAACUUCUCUCUCAGUCUAAAGUUGAGAUGUAUGCUCGAGUCCUACAAGAUGGCUGUCGAUGUCUUGAAGUUGACUGCUGGGAUGGUCCAGACGGAGAGCCAGUCGUGCAUCAUGGUUAUACCCUUACUUCCAAAAUACUUUUUAAAGAUGUAUUAGAAGUGAUCAACAAAAAUGCUUUUGUUAAAAAUGAGUUUCCAAUUAUACUAUCUAUUGAAAAUCACUGCAGUAUUCAACAGCAAAAGAAAAUUGCUCAGUACCUCAAGGAGAUUUUCAGUGACAAGCUGGACUUGACUUCUGUGAAUGCUGGGGAUUCUAAACAGCUUCCAAGUCCACAAAGUUUGAAAGGCAAAAUCCUAAUAAAGGGCAAAAAGCUCCCACAUAGCCUUGGUGCUGAUGCUGAAGAAGGAGAAGUUUCUGAUGAAGACAGUGCUGAUGAAAUUGAGGAUGAUUGCAAGCUAAAGUUCUCAUAUAGCAAUGGCACCACCGAGCACCAGAUAGAAUCUUUUAUAAGGAAGAAACUUGAAUCCUUGUUAAAAGAAUCUCAGAUUAGAGAUAAAGAAGACCCCGACUGCUUCACUGUGAGGGCACUCUUGAAAGCAACCCACGAGGGCUUAAAUGUUAACUUCAAACAGAACUCAGACCAGAAAGAUACCAACAAGAAAUCUCAUGGCAGACUAAUGAGCAACUUUGGAAAACAUAAGAAGGCUGUAAAACCAAGAUUCAAGUCUCACAGUACAUCUGAUGAUGAGGAUGCCCAGCAAAGCUGUCCUGUAAAAGAACCUAGUGGACAGUUAUGCAGGUUGGGACGGCGGAGAAAAACAAUGAAGCUGUGCCGUGACCUUUCUGAUUUAGUGGUGUACACAAAUUCUGUGGCAGCUCAAGACAUAGUCGAUGAUGGAUCUGCGGGGAAUGUGCUAUCCUUCAGUGAGACUAGAGCACACCAGGUGGUGCAGCAGAAGGCUGAGCAAUUUAUGCUUUAUAACCAGAAGCAGCUCACAAGGAUCUACCCAUCUGCCUACCGGAUUGACUCCAGCAAUUUCAACCCUUUGCCAUAUUGGAACGUUGGUUGCCAGCUGGUGGCAUUAAACUAUCAGUCUGAUGGCCGAGUGAUGCAGUUAAAUCAAGCCAAGUUCAAGAUGAAUGGGAACUGCGGAUACGUCCUGAAACCUCAGCAGAUGUGCAAAGGUACAUUCAGUCCCUGUUCUGCAGAUCCACUUCCUGCUUUUCCUAAGAAGCAACUGAUUCUCAAAAUUAUCAGUGGACAGCAGCUACCGAAACCUCCAGAUUCCAUGUUAGGAGACAGAGGAGAGAUAAUCGAUCCAUUUGUUGAGGUGGAAAUUAUUGGGCUACCUGCCGACUGCUGCAAAGACCAGACAAGGGUAGUAGAUGAUAAUGGUUUUAAUCCUGUUUGGGAAGAAACACUCAGUUUUACCAUUCACAUGCCUGAAAUAGCAUUGGUUCGGUUUCUUGUCUGGGAUCAUGAUCCUAUUGGCCGAGACUUCGUUGGACAAAGAACAGUUGCCUUCAGCAGCCUUAUGCCUGGCUAUCGUCAUGUGUAUUUGGAUGGACUAACUGAAGCAUCUGUAUUUGUUCAUAUAACCAUCAAUGAAAUUUUCGGAAAGUGGAGUCCCUUAAUCCUCAACCCAAGUUAUACUAUCAUGCACUUUCUAGGAGCCACUAAGAACAAACAACUGAUAGGACUCCGAGGGCUUUUCAACAAGAAUCCCAAACACAAUACUGUGGAAAACGGUUGUCUUUAUGUUCGGAAAAGGUCAAUUGGUGAGCGUAUUCUCCGGCGCACAGCCAGUGCUCCAGCAAAGGGCAGGAAGAAGAGCAAAAUGGGCUUUCAGGAAGCCACUGAACUUAAGGAGAGCGUAUCAGAGGUGACAGACCUGAAGGACAAGGAUGGAGUCCUAAGACGUACAAGUAGGAGCUUACAAGCACGUCCCAUCUCCAUGCCAGUUGAGAAGUAUCUUCUGAGGGGUUUGCCAUCACCAGAUCAGAAGGCUACCACCACCAUGGAUGAUAAAAAAGAAAAAGCCUCUGGAAGUGAGGACCACACACAUUUGAACGAAGCAAUUUCCUUUUCUGAGAAAGAUUCAUCUUUUAUUGCAUUUGUACCUUCAUUUGAAAAUUUUGCUCCCAAGACUGAUGAUUAUACAACUUUACAUGCCUAUGAAAAACCAGAUGGCUUAGACUUUGUGACUGGCAUAGCUGAGACCUAUUUCUCCACUGAAUAUUGGAGGAAUAAUCUUUCCAGUGCGUCUGUUCACGAAAAGAAGGAACCUGAAAGUGAAGAGAAUAAAGAUCUAUGUUCUGUGGAUCAAAAACUUUGGGAGGGUGCAGAAAAGCACAAAACAGAAGCCAGUAGUUCUGUUCCUAAAGAACACAAGGAGACUAUGAUCAAAUCUCACACACUUGUCAAUAGCACUAUUACUAAUUUGUCAUUAGAUGACUCAUUUUCUUCUGCCUGUCAUGAUGUCCAGGGCUUUCAUUAUACACCAGCCAUACAAGAUACUGACAUUUCUCACCUUAUCAGUGAAGUCUCUUUAACUGAUGAAAGUGAUCUGAGUAGUUCUGUGUCAGCACUGAUAGAUCAGGCUGAUGUCACAAGUGGUCAGACUAAUUUGACUAUUGUAUCAAGUCCUCCUGAAGUUGACAAAAAGAUUUUUAAUGUGAAGUCUACACAUUCACCACAUAUGGUUUCAUGUGAUCAGAAUGAAAUGCUUGGUUGCAAGUCACCUAAGGUAACGCAGGUUGAAUUGCCAGCAUAUUCAACACCAGAAAUGACUAUAAUAACAACACCUGUGACAACAGAAUGUUCUCUGUACACAAUUAUCCAUGAGGCUCCUCUUUCUCCAACUUCUUCUCUCCAUGUUUCAGCAGACAAACUUGAUAAUGAAAAUACAACCCGCUGCGUGGAAGAGCCUAGUACUGUUUCUUCCUGCAUCUCAUCUGUCACUCAGCUGAAAUCAGACCCUAAAAGAAAGUGUCGAACAAACUGGGAAUCUUUCAGUGAUAGUAAUUCCUGCUUUUCAGAUGCCUCUGACUUGGAGCGUACAAUAUUUGCCCAGUUCCCACCUGCAAAUUCUGCAGGCAGCAGUUUAAUGGAAGUUGAUGGGGAAUUACAAGACCUCUUGAUCACUACCUAUGAAUAUAAGAGGGAAGACAUGAGUCAACUUGCUUCGCCUUUGAGACUUAAGCAUAAUCAAGACACUCUGUAUCAUAGCAAAGCCAUCUGUGAACAUCCCUAUAGUGUGGACAUCCACAGUGCCAACCAAGUUGAAGAUGGCAAGUUUAAAAAUGAGAAGACACAAUAUUUUCCUUACUCCAAACAUCAAAAUGGUGAUAUUUUGUACAAUAAUUACUUUCAAUUUUCAAACACACAAAAUGAAGUGUUAAACAUUUCCCAAACAGCCAAUGUGUCCAAGAAUGCUCUACCAUUGCCUUCUUUCCCAGCUCAGAAACAACCAAGUCCUUGUAAAUCCAAAAGUCUUGGAGACCUCACCUCAGAAGACAUUUCUUGUAAUUUUGAGAGCAAGUACAAGUAUAUUAGUAGGGGUUUUAUUACAUCUGGCAUGAAGGACAAAAUGGUGGCUACUCUGAAAGCUAAAAAACCUCAGACUACUGAUUCUCUGACAGAACAACUGCGGAAACUAGUGUCUUUUGAUCAAGAUGAUAGUUGCCAAUCUUUCUGUUCUCAGCAAAAUGACGAUUGCCCUAAAAUGCUGGUUCGAAAACUAUCUUCCAGGAGUCAAAGCAGAGUGCGAAAUAUUGCUAGUCGUGCCAAGGAGCGACAAGAAGCCAGCAAACAAAAGCUUUCCAACACUAGCAGCAAUGUAGCCGGGGUGGUCUUUCGAAAUAAGCCCUCUAUGACUCCUCAUGUUAUCAACAGACACUCCACUGGCUCUUACAUAGCAAGCUAUCUGGAAAACUUCAAUGCAGACGAUGUAGAAAGUCGAGGCGUCCCAGAAGGUGCAUGCACAUCAUUGCGUUUUGGAUACAGUGAUCGGUUUUGUACAGAUGACUCUCUUUUAGAGACCAAGCCAAACGAGGAUGAUAAACCAGAAAUUUAUUUUCUUCUGAGACUGUAAAUUGUAUAAAUGCACAUCUUCAUUGUUUACAAGCUUUCCCACUGAAUGAAGGAUUAUCAAUAAGCAAUGUAGCCAUUACCAUUCAAAUAACUUAGAAAUUUAUUUUUCUGUUGUUGUCAUGAAUUAAUGCAUCAAUUUCGAUCAAAGAUAAUGUAAAUAGAUGUUGUAAAAAUUCUUUUCAGUUUUUUUUCUCUUUUUUCUUUUGGAGACAAACAAGUUGGUUAUGGUUUGCAUGACAUGUAUGCAAUAGAUGUCAUUCUGUAUUUGCAGUGCAUGUGCAACAAUUUGAUAUAGCUAUGAGUCACCUCAAAAUAUUGCACUGACUGCAACCUCUGUCUUAUUUCCCGAAUCAUUAGCUAAUUCUAAUGAUUUUAGAGUAGUUACCUUAUGAUUCCCUCUUUCAAGUAUGUAAUCACAUGUGUUCAAAUGGGUUUUUUGAUGGAAAAAAAUAGAUGGGAGAAAAUAAGUAUUCAUAUUUGGUCUUAGAAGAUAGUGAAAAUGAUAACCACUCCAAAAUAAUACAACAAUAUGAGCAGUAGUGGCUGAAUGGCUUCCAUGGCAGUCAAGCGGUCAGUUCAUUCUGGGUGUUCAUCCAAACUUUAAAGCAGCCAUCUGGAUACCGAGUGUCCUCUCUCCAAAACAUAUUCAGUAUCAUGGACAGCUUCCUUAAAGUUUGGACUGAAAAUAGGAAUAGAUACCCCAUCCUGCUGAUGUAGAAACCACUAGCUGUCAUAAAUACAGAUGAGGAUACAAAUCCACAAAGUAAGCUGAAAGGUGUUUGAAAUGAAUGAUGCAUCCUAAACUUUUUUAAAAAUAUUAAAAGCAAGAUCUUUAAUUUUCAAGAACAAAGAUGAAAUGGAAAAAACAAGGUAAGCAAGGAAAAAGGCAAACCAGUUCAUGGGCAUGUGAAACAAUUGAAAUGUUGUGGUUCUUUUUCGGUUGGGGGUGUAUAGUGAAAAUCCUCAAAUCCAGAACCCAGGGUGUCUUAUAUUCAUUCUGAGUGCCAACUUGUUUCUCUUCAAUAAUGGGAAUGUUCUGAACAUGCAUCUUGGAAUUGAAUGCUUACCUGACACUCAUGACAAUGCGGCAGCUAUGAUUCACAGAAAGCAGGCUUUUAUUGCUGUUUUGCUUCAUGUGUUCUGUUUAAGUGUUUUAUUAUAUUUUACUUUAAAUACACUUGUAAUAAUCCAGAUCUGUGCACAAUUACUAAUUUGCAACACUGAACAGUAACUUUACAUAGCCAUAUCAAUGCUUCAUGUAUUUGGAUCUGUGUAUGUGUAUGUGUAUGGAGUAUUUGGUUGUUUUCAUGUUAGUAUCGUUCAUAUAUGUUUUACUAUGUUUUGAGGAUUAUCUCUCUUUGAAUGUCUUCUGAAGUAGCAUUUCAGUUCUCCAUUCUUACAGUGACUGUAUGAUUGUUUAAACUAUGUAAUUUCAUCUCAUGGAACUUGGAAUAUUAAUCCUACUGUUUCACAGCUAAUGAAUUAAUGCUGGCAGAUUUCUGAGACUAUCAUUUUAUUUCUAAAUAAGGGUAAAUAACUUGUGGCCCUCCAGAUGUUAGACUAAAACUCCCAUGAUUCCUUACUUAGACUGUUUUUGCUAGGGACUGAUAUAAGCUGUAGUCCAACAACAUCUGGAGUGUGUCAAGUUGCUAAUUCCCUUUUUAACAAGUUUAUGCUUAUAUCCUGUGGCUACAUAAAUAGUAUUGCAGCAGUAUCUGUUGACAGAACCCAGUGAAAUAUCAAGAAAUGUAGGAUAUGAUCUUAAUGUGGGCUCAACAGAAUGCCCACAUAUUACUUUCUAUCUACAGAAAUAUCAUAUUCAGCAAUAACAAUAUAUAGACCCAGUACAGAUGUAACUUCUACGAUUUUACAAUAAUAUGCUAAAAGCUUCUUUGUUUUCCCCACUGCAUGAUUUCUCACUUCUUUUCAGCACUUUCAUUUGGCCAUGGUAUACAAUCUGUAUCAAUGAUGUAACCAUGCUUAAUGCUAGCCAUCGUUAAUUCCACUUAUAACCAGUGUUAUCAACAAGGUUUGGAAAACCCAGAUCAAACCCUUAUUUUAAGAUAAUAUUAACAAUGGUAUGCACUGAUUUGAAUUACAAGUACAUUUGUUUAUCUUUAAAUCCUCUGUGUAUGGGGUGCAGAGAGAAAGAAAGAACUCCAGGGGAAAACAAGGCGAGAGGAAGGAAACACCAAACCUAGGAAAGUUGCUUGCCAUUCAUGGAGGAAUUAUGUCUUCCUAUCUUUUUCUUUCCCAAUAAACCUUUUACAUGUCUCUGGGGCCUAUGAAAUAUCAAUUUCUGUUGUGACACAAAGUUGAAGCUGAAACAAAUUUUGCUUUCUCUAUGUUUGUUCCAUAUAUUUGGCUAUGAAUGUAACUGAAAUGUGGUAGCAAAGUGGUAUACACUGAAGCCACACUCACUCCACAGGCAACUGAAAAAGAAGGUGGGCCUUUUGUCAUUCUGUGGCUCUGAGAUAAGGGCUUUUUCUAUUUUCUGCUGUGGAGGAGGGGAGUCAUUGUAAAAGAACCCCUCCUUUCAAACUGUCCCCUGAUAAUUAGAAUUGUGCAGUUUUAUCCUAUGGGCUGUGUUUACAAUGUGUGUUGAUGCAUUUUUGUUAUGUGUAAAAGACAUGUACCUAAUAAAUACCUCUUAUCUUUUGUAAUACAGAAUGUUAUUUGUAUUCAUGGAAGGGGAAAAAUAAAAUGUUAAGCACUCCAAGUGCAUGUUUUAAAUAAUGAAGUAAAGCUGAAUAGUUACAAUUGU